AUGCCACACGCGCGCAAGAGACGAUCGAGCUCCAAUGGCAAAAAGGUGGAAUUUGUUGGUCUGCCAAUCUUGUCAUCUGACGACUCACCUCAGCCUGAAGGCAGUAGGAUUGCUGACGGCGAUGCUGGGGAUCUUGCUAUCGAUGCCGAACGAAUGGGAAAGAUAUGCGAGAAGCUCAAAGAGCCGGAUCCAUGGCCAGAAGGGUUUUCAAGGAAUAUCAGAGAACGACACGAUGGCGUCAGGAAGAAAUUGAAGGAUAUCAAGGAGCAGAACCUCGCGAGCAAAAGGGACUUCGAAGGAGGAUUCUUGCCACUCAUACAGGAAGCUCUUGGAUACAUUGGAGACCAUACCGCAGCCAGCCAUUCAACUCGACCCGUUCACGUCCAGCAUCUCGGCGCUGAAGGACAACCAUAUUGCGAGGCUCUGGUCAACCUCAUGAAACACUCCGACGCCAUCAUUUUUGCCUUCGAUCAGCUCUCGGCUCGCACGCCCGAGCCAUCACGCCUUCCGGAAAUCAAUGCAUCAUUAAAGAAGGACAGAGAAGUUGCAGUCGCCACAGUUGAGGCAGGAAAACGAGUUGCAGAAGCAGAUGUCGAGAAUCUUCUGGCUGACAGGUUCCAAGAAGUCAGAAGUCCUGUCGGCAUCAGUGCAGAAGAGAAGCAGAGGGGCAGGAUGUUGUUGUCGAGAGGCGUCAACGGCGACUCAUCAACCAAGGAGCCUCUAGGAUGGGGGAAUAUUGCUCGGAAUACAGAGAGGGCGCUGGAGAAGUUAUGCUUCGCAGGCAACAUGCACGCGAAGGAGCAAUGA